AUCACGAUCACAAUCACAGAUUCACAAUCCAUAUCUUACUUCGUUUGUUCCCUCUUUCUCAGCUCUCUUGUCUCACAAUCCCUUCUCUCCGUAAUUUAUCGAAAUUCAAGGGUUUUUAUAAGAAUUCUAUCACAUUCCUACAAAAAUUUCAGUUUUUCUUAAAGAUUUGUAAGAACGGAAGGAGAACCGCUGGUCCAGUAAGGGCUGGCUCGUUUAUUCAAUCACGGCUCUAAGAAAAGAUGAAACUCCCAUUAACACUAGAAGGGGAAAAGAAUGGGUGCAGGCCUUCCCUAAGUUCUUGAUUUCGUCCCCUUCAUUUCACGGGGGUCGUGGUGCCCUACCUUCAGCUGGUGGGCAUCCGGCGGAUCUCACCUUCCUUGCUGGUGGCGGGUGCUAAAACUUGCACCAAACUCAUUGGACCUUCCUUGCUCGGAGAGGGUGCAGAAAACAACGUUGAGGAGGUUUCUUUUAAUUCUUUUAUUGGUUUUCAAGUGCAUUAUAUAUGAACAUGGUUACAGUCAAACAGGUUGAAGAUGACACUUUAGUCUCAAAAGUUGCAACCCAUGAGCAAUUGAAGUGUCCUCGGUUCUGUCUGCAAGGCAUCAGAAUUCCUCUUUAUCAAUUCAGUAGCCAAUGUCUUCUGGACAAUAGUCCUUUUGAAGGACUUCCAUGCAUUCCUGAAGAAGAACAAAGCAUACUGGAUUCCCUUCUUCUUGCUCAGUGGGAAGAUCGUGUGUGGAAAGGCGUUCUCAGAUAUGAUGUAACAACCUCUGAAAUUAAGGUAAUUUGCGGCCAAAGAAAGUUUCUUGCUCAGUUGAACGAAGAAUGGGGUAUCAAUUAUAUGCCCAAACAUGAGGAGAAGAAAAUUUGCAGUCAAGGGGAUCUCCCGGCGUUUAAAUGGACGAAACAUCAUGAGGAGUUACUCUUUUGUGUUGCAAGUGGUGAAAUGUUAAAACCUGAGCUUAUUCCUUCAGCUGCUGUGCCUGAUGGUGCCGUCUUGAUUAUUAUUAACGAAAUCCCUGUAGAAUAUGGCCAUGUCUUCCUGGUGCCUUGUGGCUCAGACAGUUUUUACCGGGUCCUGGAUGCAAGAUCUUUGGAAAUGGUAGCAAGGGUUGCUGUUGAAAUAAACAAUUGCUCCUUUCGCAUGUUCUAUGACUGUCCUGCAGCUGGUACUUCUCAUCUAUAUUUCCAGGCCUGCUACUUUCCAAGCCCUUUGCCUGUGGAGUUCACACCUGUUGAUACUUUUUUUCGUGAUGGAAGGAGGGGAAUGUGCAUCUCUUGUGUCACAGAUUACCCCAUUAAGACCCUCUUAUUUGAGAGUAACCAGAAAGUUAAGAUAAUGGUGGAGGUUCUUGUUGAGAUAUGUUCUUGUUUACAGGAAAAGAGCAUUCCAUAUAAUCUGCUGAUCUCCGAUUGUGGUAAAAAGAUGUUUUUGUUUCUUCAGCUGCAAAAAUUGUCAAACUCCAGGACCCUAUCAGCUUGGGAGUGUGGGGGUUAUUUCCUGUUUAAAUCAACGUCCGAAUUUGAUCAAGCUACUGAGGAGGCAAUGCUUAAAAAGCUAAGUGAUGUCUCUCUUGAUGAUGAAGGUUUCGAAGUAGUGAAGCAACUCUGUUGCAGUAUUGCAGAUAAGUUUUCCGGUUGAAUUCUGGGACCUUUGAUGAAUGCAUGAUAGAACGUUUGAUUUAUGUUGAAUUUGGGAAACUUUGAUGAAUUUAUUGCAGAUUUGUCUCAAACAUAUGUUUUUUUUUAAGAGAACGAUCCGAAUCCAUUUUCUGCAUU